AUGACGACGACAACGACGUGGACAUCAACGUGGGCGACCUCGGCGUGUCGGGCGACCUCGAUGACCUUUCAGUCUCGGCCAACGCCGGCGACAACUCGGUCUCGGCCAACGCUGAUGACAACUCGGCCUCCGCCUCCACCUCCUCGUCGGCCGCCUCGCUGGCCACUCCCCUUUCCUUCCUCUUCUAAGAGAGCACGAGAGAUUCUCGCUCGUCUAUCACACGUGGCUACCCACCAUAUUUCAACAACAUCAUUUUCUAGAUAUCGACUUUAA